AUGGCGGUCAAUCGUUUAGCCCCGAAGCACGACCCUGAAGCACCAUCUUCAAUCGUGGAGCAAAUCACCUUGAGUGAGGACACAAAAAAUUCGAUACUGGAUCAGGGCGGUGAGGAGAACCUCGCAACUAAAUGGGAGAUAUGGGCGUAUUAUGCUUAUUACAUUGGAAACAACGGUCUUUCUUUGUUCAACUUUGCCCCCACGGCCUUCCAAAAUCUUCUUUACGAAGCGGCGGGAGACUCCGAUAUUCUUCUCUUCGCAGGGAGGUUCCGCUCAGUUGAAAGCAUUGUCCUCCUAUGCAACGGGAUUUCUUUCGCUAUCCAAAUCGUCGUAUUUCUGGUGAUAGGAAGCUUUGCUGACAUUGGAAAUUGGCGUCCAAACAUUCUGAUUGUCCUCUCUAUCAUCGCCUACGCUAUAGGAUUCGCCUGGCUGGGCGUUCACACAGAGGACAAAUGGCAGAUAGGUGUCGGACUGUAUAUUGUUGGGCUUAUUGCCUAUCAGACCACGCUGACCUUUUGGACUGCUGCAUUUCCUUCACUUGCGCGCAAUAGUGCCGAAAUGAGAGAAAAGGCUAGUGAGUUUGCGCAUGGCAAUAUCUCUCGCGAGGAGUAUGAUUACGCCGACACUAUGAAGAGAAGUCAGCUUGCGAAUGUUGCCUUCUAUAUUCAGUCUGUUGCCGAGAUUCUCAUCCUUGCUGUUAUAGUUGGCAUCAUGUUUGGCGUUGAUGUCAAUGCUAGUGAAGCGAGGAACAAUUGGGGAUUAAGUGUUCUCAUUGCUUUCGCGAGUGGUGUCUGGCUGCUUGUUUCUUUACCGUGGUUCUUCUUGGAAAAACGGCGACCUGGACAAGACCCUGGCUCUAGGAAUAUCAUCAUGGCAGGCCUGUCGCAACUCUACUUUGCAAUGAGUCAGGUGUGGAAGCUGAAACAGAGCUUGCUAUAUCUUAUCGGUUACUUCUUACUGGGCGAUUCAUUGAAUACCACGGUCACUGUGAUUUCGACUUUGCAGAAUAGUUUGGUGGCAUACAACACAUUGCAGCUGACAUAUCUUCUGAUUGUGGGGAUCGCUGCUCAGGCCGUUGGUAUCUAUCUUUUCUGGGCCAUUCAACAACGAUACCGUCUUGGCACGAAGACCAUGUUCAAUGCCAUCGCUUUUGGGAUUGUUCUCCUUGAUGGCUGGGGAAUGAUAGGAAAUUGGACCAACAAAUUUGGGUUCCAUCAUGUAUGGGAAGUUUGGGUCUAUCAAGCCUUCUAUGGCUUAUUCAUAUGCCCCUGGUAUAGUUACUCACAAAUUAUGAUCUCGGAAGUGACGCCCCGGGGGUACGAAUUCCUUUUCUUCAGUCUUUUCAGUAUCGUCGGAAAGACGUCGUCAUUUAUCGGACCCCUCGUGUCCAGUGCGAUUAUUGAUGCUACGCCUUCUGGCAAUGUAUCUGCGCCGUUUUACUUUCUAUUUGGACUGAGCUUGCUGAGCUUUGGAAUCUUGGUUGUCGGGGUGGAUCUGAAAAAGAGCCGCACGGAACAAGAACAGUUCUUGAAGGAGAAAGAGCGCAGGUGA